AUUUUAUUGAUCAAACUUGUGGAUUAUUGUUUGCACGGUAAUCGCACCGCUAAUUUACAGUCAGUGUCAUUGAAAAAGUUCUGUAGAAAUGGAUAUUACUUACACAUAUCAGAAAAAGCGCAGUGAAUUUGGACGACAGUGUCUAUUUUCUGAUAGGGGGCCGGAUCUGAUCGACAACUAUCCUUCUAAUAAAAAACUCGCUAAGGAAUUUAUACUAAGAGAUCCAGUACAUAGAGGCACACUAUGUGCUCCCAUUCAAGCAGAGCACUAUUUAAAUACUAUGCGCGCCGAGUACACAUCCAGCUCGAUGAAUCAUGUGGAAGGCGGAUGGCCAAAAGAUGUGAAUACUGCUGAUGAAGAGCAAACUAAGCGCUAUAGGAGAAAAAUCGAGAAAGAUGAAGGCUUUAAUCAUACAAUGAUGCAGCUAUUUAAAAGCAUGGAGAAUUGUAUACAACAGAACAACGCAAUCAACAUAUAUCAGCAGUAUUUCUCCGAUGUGGAACCAACUCCUCUGGUGGAGAGAAGUUCUGCAAGAACUGUGAAUGUUUAUCAGGAUCAAAGCACUCCCACCAGACCAGUUAACUGGAUCUCUUGGUCCCCAGAUAAUCAAUCAAAAUUGGCUAUUACUCACUGCAAUCUCAAGUUUCAAAGUGCUAUUCCUAAGGAAACAGCAGUCUCCUACAUAUGGGAAGUAGAAAAUCCAAAUCGGCCCCUUCUCACACUUAAACCUGAACAUCCCUGCGUUUGUUUGGAGUAUAAUCAAAAAGACCCCCAUUCGUUGGUCAGCGGACAAAGAAAUGGACAAGUGGCCGUUUGGGAUAUCAGAAAGGGAUAUGAACCAGUUGAACAAAGUUUAAUCGAAAAUAGUUUUCGAGAUCCUGUGCAUUCAGUUCUGUGGAUUCAUUCCAAGAGCGGAGCGGAGUUUUUUAGCGCGUCCACAGAUGGUCAAGUUAAAUGGUGGGACAUAAGAAAACUUAGUGAACCCACAGACACUCUGCUAUUAGAUUAUGCAAAAGACGAGGAUCAAGCGAUAGGUAAUGCUUUAGGGGCAUCAUGCUUGGAAUAUGAAUCAACAAUUCCUACUCGAUUUAUGACUGGAACUGAAGAAGGGAUCGUUAUCUCGUGUAAUCGCAAGGGUAAAACAGCCAUGGAAAAAAUGGCAGCUAGAUUCAACGCCCAUAUGGGGCCAGUACUGGCCCUCCAGAGAAAUCCGGCGUUUGUAAAAAAUUUCCUCACUAUUGGCGAUUGGUCUGCUAAAAUUUGGACGGAAGAUUGUCGAGAAAGUUCGAUAAUAUGGACAGGUUUUCAUAGGGCUAUGCUCACUGAUGGUGCUUGGAGUCCAACUAGAUUAUCGGUAUUUUUCACAACAAGAACCGACGGAAUUUUGGAUGUUUGGGAUGUUCUUCAGCAACAGAAACAAGCUUGUCUCAGUGUAAAAGUGUGUGAUGAAAAAUUGAGACGAAUAAGAACACACGAUAUGGGCCGCCUGGUGGCUGUAGGCAAUCAAAAGGGCACUACUUAUCUAGUGGAAUUCAGCGAAAAUUUGGCCACUUCUAAUAAAAACGACAAAGUUCUUUUAACAGCGAUGUUUGAACGGGAAAGUAGAAGAGAAAAAAUUCUGGAAGCUCGAAACAGAGAAAUACGACUAAAACAGAAAUCAAAACAACCUCAACAAAAUGAGCCAAUUGACGACGAACAAAUACAAGAGAAUUUGCCUGCCCUCUCUGAUCAAGUAUUUUCCGAUAACAUGGUGAAACAAGCUGAAGCUGAUUUUUAUGGCGUGUUUGAAAAGGAGAAGAAAGCAGCAGAACCACCUGCAGCUGAAGAAGAAGUUGCUACGCUUGAAUCUGCUUCAACAGCAACUGUAACUGAUCAGGAAACUGUAACAGAACCGGUUUCUAAACCGGAGCCUGCUAAGCCCGAAGGCAAAGGUAAAAAGAAGAAAGCCCCGUGAAUAAUGUAUCUUUGUUAACACUGUAAGUUUUAUUUGCUCGUUAAUAAUUAUAUGCUGGGAAUGUAAUUAAUUUCAUCAACUCUACUCUCUUGAAUUAAGUGUUUCAAAAACGGUUCAUAGUCGUAGGAUGUUUCUUUUAUCUAAAACAAGCAAUAAAUUCACAUCAACAUAUGCACAUUGCAGUAUGUGAGGUGGUUUACUUGUA